UAACAGAUUUCAUAGCUAAAACACACGAUUAAAAUGUCCUCCGAAUCCAACAACAACUAUAAUAUUUCUGAAGGACAAAGUUGAAGUGACUGCGAGUGAAUGUAAUUAUUGUCGGUGUUUUACGCUCCAACGGGCUUGUUGACACUUGCAGACGGUUCCUCCACUCGAUUUUUGCUCGUGGGCAGAGCAAAUAGAAAGGCUCGUGCGUUGUAUCUGGAAUUACAAUCCAGCCAGCCAAUUCACCAUUCUGUUCGUCGUUCCUUGCUUAUUCAACUCCCAAUUGACUUCCAGCAGAAAGUAACACAAAUGCGAAUGAAGAAGGUUGGGGCCUGAGAUGGUGCUUUCUCAUCAACAUGGGCCAAAGAAGGAAAUCACAUCGGUGAGGACCUGCACCCAACAAACAUCGCAGCCUCGCAAACAGACAGCCAUGCCUAACCACCCCUCCUGAUCCCAAUCUGGAUCUUUGCAGUUGUCCUAUAGUUUAAUCAUAGGCCCCUUACUCACUGUGUAGUGAGCAUGGCUACACCUUACUUGUGGAAGCUGUCGUCCCAAAAGCUAGGCUUCUUCCUGGUCAGCUUUGGGUUUAUCUGGGGCAUGAUGCUGCUACACUUCACCAUCCAGCAGCGAGCCAGCCAUGAGAACAGCGCUAUGCUUCGACAACAGAUCCUGGACCUCAGCAAGCGCUACAUCAAGGCACUAGCUGAGGAAAAUCAAAGUGUCAUGGAUGGGCCUUAUGUCGGCACCAUGACUGCUUAUGAUUUAAAGAAGACUCUUGCAGUGCUACUAGAUAACAUUAUGCUGAGGCUGGCCAAGCUGGAGUCCAAGGUUGAGAACAUCUACAACGGCACUGGAACUAUUCUGACCAAUGGCUCCAGCACCUCCACACCUAGCUCCACCAAUCCAGAAAAAGUAAAUGUGGCAGAUCUUCUAAAUGGAGCCCAGGAGAAGUGUGAGUUGCCGCCUUUGGAUGGAUUUCCUCACUGUGAAGGCAAAAUUAAGUGGAUGAAGGAGAUGUGGCGCUCUGACUCGUGCUAUACCAAUUAUGGUGUAGAUGGAUCCACCUGUUCCUUCUUCAUUUACCUCAGUGAGGUGGAGAACUGGUGUCCCCAUCUGCCUUGGAGGACAAAGCGCUUGAAUGAAGACAUGGACAGGAGGGGGCAGGCGGAGAUCCGGACCAGUUUUGAGGAGCUAUACCGUGUCAUGUCUCAGCGGGAGGAGUUCCGCUGGAUGAUGCUGAGGAUCAAGCGCAUGGCUGAGCCGUGGGUCAGUGCUAUUCGAUCGUUGGCUGCCAAGCAGAACCUGACCAAACGGAGGAGAAAGAAGGUCCUGGUGCACUUGGGUCUGCUGACCAAGGAGUCAGGCUUUAAAAUAGCAGAAAAUGCCUUCAGCGGUGGCCCGCUGGGCGAGUUGGUCCAGUGGAGUGAUCUCAUAACCACACUGUAUCUGCUUGGUCACGAUGUCCGCAUUUCUGCCUCCCUGGCUGAGCUCAAAGAGAUCAUGCGGCGGGUGAUGGGGAAUAAGUCCAGUUGCCCUACUCAAGGUGACAAGGUUGUUGAGCUCAUAUACAUUGACAUUGUGGGCCUCACCCAGUUUAAGAAGACACUUGGACCUUCAUGGGUCCACUAUCAGUGCAUGUUGAGGGUGCUGGAUUCCUUUGGAACAGAACCAGAGUUCAAUCACGCCCAUUAUGCCCAGUCCAAAGGUCACAAGACACCCUGGGGGAAGUGGAACCUCAAUCCCCAGCAGUUUAACACCAUGUUUCCUCACACUCCAGACAACAGCUUCCUCGGGUUUGUAGUGGAGCAGCACCUUAACGCCAGCGACAUCAAACACAUUGAUGACGUCAAGAGACAAAAUCAGUCUCUAGUCUACGGCAAGGUUGACAACUUCUGGAAGGACAAGAAAAAAUACCUUGACAUCAUACACAGCUACAUGGAAGUACACGGCACUGUGCAUGGCACCAGCACUGUGCACCUCCCAACCUACGUGAGGAACCACGGCAUCUUGAGCGGACGAGACUUGCAGUUUCUCCUCCGAGAAACCAAGUUGUUUGUGGGUCUGUCCUUUCCCUACGAGGGUCCUGCCCCCCUGGAGGCCAUUGCCAAUGGGUGUGCAUUCCUCAACCCAAAGUUCAACCCACCAAAGAGCAGCAAGAACACCGACUUCUUCAAGGGAAAGCCCACCCUGAGAGAGCUGACCUCUCAGCAUCCCUACGCUGAGGUUUACAUUGGUCAACCCCAUGUGUGGACUGUGGAUAUUGAUAAUGCCGCCGAAGUAGAAAGAGCAAUCCGUUCCAUCCUCAGCCAGAAGAUUGAGCCUUAUUUGCCAUUUGAGUUAACCUGUGAGGGGAUGCUGCAGAGAGUCAAUGCCUUCAUUGAAAACCAGGACUUCUGUCACGGUCAGGUGAUGUGGCCUCCGCUCAGUGCUCUGCAGGUCAAAAUGGCAGAGCCAGGACGCUCCUGUAAGCAGGUCUGUCAGGAAGAACAGCUCAUCUGCGAGCCCUCCUUCUUUCAACACCUCAACAAGGACAAGGACCUGGCCAGGUUUGGCGUUGACUGCCAGACAGUGGAGUCGAGCGCAGACACCGUGGUCCCGGCCUACAGCGAGACCCGUCACCACUGCAUCUUUCAGUCCGACCUGCUACUCUUCAGCUGUGCCGGCGCUCACCAGUCGCUCAAGCGCGUCUGUCCCUGUCGUGACUACAUGAAGGGUCAGGUGGCUCUGUGCAAAACCUGCCUAUAGCGACCGCAGCACACGCCCUGAAAAGAGCAUGAGCUGGCGUGUCUGAUCAAACCCAACCAGACUCCUGAGAGAAGCAUUUUGGACAGACAAACGCAGGACUGUGUUUUCAUCAUAUUUAUUGUUUUGUCAACUGCUUAAAGAGAAGCACCUCUGCAGGAAUAGACCAGAAGCGGUGUAAAAUUACUUGAAUUAACAAAGGGAGUCAUCUUGGACUUUAAAAACUGUUAUGCAGCACAUAUCUGGUGUCCCGUUUGUCUCCAGGUUUAGUAAAAACUCAAGCCAACUGUCCCACCCUACCAGCUGCCCCGCUCGCCCCUGUCCAGCACACACCCUCAGUCUUCCUCCCCUUUCCCUGCUUAAUCUGAAUCUGUUCUUUCUUUAGGUAGUUUUACACUGGAAUGCCCACACCCCCACCACACACAUACUAAACAGAUGACUAGUUUUACACUGUAACAAACUUCUGUACUAAAGUAAUCAAAGUGAACUAUUGUAUAGAGAUCUAGAUUUUUAUUCUAGAGGUAUGAUAAUUUUCUGAAACGUCUCGUUGCGGAUAUUUUGCCAUGGAAGUUUUUUGUUUUUUUUUCCAUUUAAAAAUUGCACACUUCUUUUAAAGAAUACAUUUUAUGUAAAAAUGUCAAGUGGACCGAGACUAUACGUAUGUCAUAUAUAGGAGCCAGUAGGUUGAAGGAAUGGUUUCACGCACAUAAUCCAGUACCAGAAACACAUGAAAGAGGACCUUGGUUUCCGUAUCUAAUACUGCCAUGCUGUUGCCAUGUGGCAGGAUUAGGAUUAUUGUAAAUUUUAUUAUUCAUUCAUUUAUUCACUUUCUUUAUCGCUCAUCCUGUUCAGGGUCACAUGAAAGCUGAAAUUUAUCAUGGCUGACUUUGGGCAUGGUACACCAUGGACAUAUUUAUUAUUAUUAUGUCAUAUAUGUAAUAGAAUACCGUGGUCUGUAUCAGUAAUAGCGCCCAGCCAAGGCUAGCAAUAGAGCAAAUUUUAAGAAAGUUUCCCCGAGACAAGGACACCUUGGAAAAAUGUUGUCUUCAUCAAUUUAGAUUAACUAAACCUUGAAAACAAAACAGCCCAAAAUCCUCUGAUGCCAGCAAAGCGAUCUCAAUUUGCUCGCGGAUGUGCAAUCAAAUUGGAAAAACUCCAAACCAUUGUGGGUAAAAGUGCACUACAUUUAUGUUUGCAUAGGUUAAACAAAAUAUUAACACUGUACAUUGUUUGUAUGGGUUUCUUAAGUUUUUAUUUAUUUUGUAUACCAAUGUUUGUGUUUUUGCUCUUGACCUAUGUUUCUUUAUUUAUAAGAGGGGUGUCUUAUUUAUGGAGAGUAAUUUAAAAAGAUACCAGAACGCAUACAUGUCUUUUCAUGUAUGACCACCAGAGAGAGGCAUUGUAUGCUUCUGUUGGCUUGAGCAGUCAUGAGAGGUACAGUACUUGGGUUGUAUCAAUAUCAAUUCUCUCUAUAUGGUUUAUAUCACUCAAGGGAGGCUUCUUUGAUUGUAAUGGUGGUUCAGGACACUUUGGCCACGGUGAUUUCCUGUCAUUCUUCUCAUCGCUGUCUUUUAAAAAGGACAGUAGCAGCAAAUGUGCCUCAUUUAAACUUUGUCAGCAGGAGUUUCAUAGCCGAGCUCUCAAGUCUGCACACUUGAGUCCCGACACAUCACCUCUGACGCAGACUGUUUUUGGUUCAUUUCUAUUCAUUUACUUUUCAACUGGCCAGUGGCAUGCAGCUACUGUAAGUCGGUGUUUCAGAGAGCAUGACGUGCCUUUUUACAGUAUCGUAGGUUCUGAUCAUCACCUGCCAAAAAAAAAAAAGGAAACAAACCUUUAGUCCCUAACUUAUCUCCCAGCAUCAGCUAGAAUCCGUUGUUCUGAUUUCUUCACCAGAAUCUGGUGUUUGGAUUUCCUUUGGUGAAUGGAACUGAAUCACCUUGAAUCACAUUUAGUUAAGUAUAGUUUAAAUCUGUAAUAUAUUCAGUGUAAUAUUAAGAAACUUUCUUGUGUAUUAGAAACUUUGUGAAAGGGUAAUACUGUUAGUUUGCAGCAAUUUGUUCCCAGUGAUCUGUAGUAAAUCAUUGAUAUCUAUGUUUUCUGGUUAUUUUUCCAAAUAAUACAACCACAUAUUUGACCUUGAGUAACUGCUCUAAGGUAAAUUGGAUGCUAUUGACUUAAUGGGUAGAAUGUGUUGUCCGUGUAGUGGCACUGGAUGACAUUUCCUCAUUUUAGUGGACCAGCCAAGACACCUCAUGUUCUUGCUAAUGUUACUGUUCGCAGUCGUGUGCAGUGGUUGUAUAAACAGUGCUGCGCACACAAACGAUCAGACAUAAUGCUAUCAUCGAGUGCAGUUGAGUUACUGUUUGCCUUAUACUUUUGACCAUGCCUAUUAUCAAAUGCAUGUAUAUGUCUCACCGUUUGGUUUUACCCCUUGGCUAAAACAUGCUGUAGAUUUACAUUUCACAUUUGAUAGGAGACCUGCCGCAAACAGUUAUUCUUUAUCACUGUUUUAAUUCGCUUUAUCAAAAUUACGUAACAUUCAUCAGGCUGAGACCUUUGUAUUGGCCUUUCCAUACGAAAAGAGACAGCAGCUGAUAGCAAUUUGAGUCUGGCACAGAGUUAAUUUAAGUGUUGUGUAUUGUCCCAGAUGACCCAUCCUUUUUGUCACAUGUGCAAAGCUGUCCUCUGUACAACUGAACUGCAGUAUAUUGUUUGAUAUUUUUGGGUGCUGUCUCAGGUAUCAUCCAGAGCAGCGAUGUUUCCCAUAGGCAAAAAGAAUAACAAUGGUGUUUUUGUGUUCACAAUUUGUAAUGAAUAAGAGGGAUAUAAUUUUAUUUUUAAAUAAACCUUUUUUUUCUGUGAAAAAAA